AUGUCUGGAAGGCUCUUGUGCAAGGCCAUUUUUGCUGGUUACAAGCGGAGUCUCCGGAACCAAAGGGAGCACAUGGCUAUUCUUAAAAUUAAAGAUGUUUAUGCCCAAGAUGAAACUGAAUUCUACAUGGGAAAGAGAAGUGCUUAUGUGUACAAAGCAAAAAACAAUACAAUGGCUCCUCGUGGAAAACCUAAUAAAACAAGAGUAAUCUGGGGAAAGGUAACUUGGGCCCAUGGAAAUAGUGGCCUGGUUCAAGCCAAAUUCCAAAGCAACUUUCCUGCCAAGGCAUUGGACACAGAAUACAUGUGA